AUGUCUAACAGUAGUUCAUAUACCUGUAAGGGUGUGAAGGGAAACAAGCGCUCUGAAACCAGUGAUGCUGUACAACUGACUGUGUCUGAUAAACCCCAACCUGUCCUGAGUAUCUCUCCUCAGUGGCUGAACCCUGGAGACUCAGUGACUCUGAGCUGUGAAGUUGACAAGACGUCUACAGGCUGGAGGUUCUCCUGGUACAGGACUGUUCUCUACAGAGCUGGGUUACCCUCCCUAUCAGACAAGUCUUACUCUCUACUGCCCCAAUCUGACAAUGGGACUACUGAAGACUCCUACACUCUGAUUCCUGCUGGUCCUACUCCCACAGGAGGAUAUGUGUGUAGAGUUGGGAGAGGAGACCCAGUCUAUAAUUCACUCUACAGUGAACCUCAGUUUCUCUGGUCAGGAGAUCUGCAGCCUUCAGUGUCUCUCAGAAUAAGUCCCAACACAACUCAACACUUUAGAUCAAAGUCUCUCUCACUGAGCUGUGAGGAGAAGGGGAACUCUACUGGAUGGAGACUGAUGAGAUACACAGAGAGAGGAGUAGAGUCAGGGUGUGUCUCUAACUGGGGAUCAAUAACAGGGUCAACAUGUACCAUCAGGUCCACAUACACAGGGGACAGUGGAGUGUUCUGGUGUGAGUCUGGAUCAGGAGAGUACAGUAAUGCUGUCAACAUCACAGUGGAUGCUGGUGAUGUGAUCCUGGAGAGCCCUGUCCAUCCCAUGACUGAAGGAGACUCUGUGACUCUGACCUGCAAAUACUGGACAACCAGCUCAAACAUCAAGGCUGAUUUCUACAAAGAUGGAGUACUCAUCAAGAAUGAGACCACAGGAGAGAUGACCAUCCCUGCAGUAUCCAAGUCAGAUGAAGGAUUCUACAAAUGCAAAUCCCCUGACAAGGGAGAAUCACCAGAGAGCUGGAUGACAGUGAGAGUCGUAUCUCCUGGAUCCUCUACAUCAGUCCUAGUAGGAGUGGUUGUGGGUCUGGUUGUUGCUGGUGUUCUACUGGUCAUUCUCUAA